GCCUCACGCAGUGAAAGUGAAUUCUUAGAAGAUAUGAGGCAGGGAGAAAACUUGGAAUAGGGCCCCGUUCUCUGGAAAUGGAGUUGCAGUUUUCAUUUGCUUAAAAAAUGUCCUGAAAGGACAAGCUGUUUACUGCAAUCAAAGGGUCUUAUUCAGAGCAUAGGAACACCAUGUGUCAUUUUGCUUGCCAGAUUAUUUCUGGAUUUCAGAAAUCAACUGCAGUGCAAAGGUUGUAAAAGGCAAAUACUGCAGUGCUGUGGAACAGAUAGGAUACAUCAAACUUGAUCAGAUCACCUGCUUCCAGAACCUCAGAGACAUACCAGAAAUUAAAUUAAAAGGAGUGUUUUUCAUUCCUAUUCUCUGUGAAGAGGGAGAAAAAGCUGAAUAAUUUGGUGUCUGUUACAGAGAUGGAAGGGACCAAGGACUGAACUAGCAUAGAUUUCACAUGCUUCAUGGGCUUUCAGAGUCUGGAUCUAAGGGGAAUUAUGCUUGUGCUGUUGCUCUGCUUGUGAUGUCUGGCUACGAGGUUGCUCAGUACAGAAUUGGGAGGUAAUGGGCAAAGGUGGCUUGUUGCCGAGAAUGUCCCACACAAGAUUGGCAGCAAUUUGCCACUCUAGUUUCUGCAGCCUUGCUGUGGUGUUGGCUGAGAGAAGAGGCCAGGAUUGCCUGUGGUGUCCUUGUAGUACUUUGGGAAUCUGGAUGGUGAGGGUGAGUGAGGUUACUUGCACCUGCAGGUGAAGUGCUAAUGAGGAGUGAAGAACCAGACUGCUACCUAGGUAAAAGGCCUAAAUUGAAAACCUAUUUUUUAAAAGAAGAGAGAUUUCAGUGUGUCAGGGUAAUGUAGGUAGUGGAUUAAAAUGAAAAAUCUUGCAGAUGAACUGUGAUAAUACUUCCUUUAAAGAGACAUGAAUCUGCUUUUCUUUUGAGUAACUGAAAAGGAAGACCCCAUGCCUUCCUGAAUAGUCUUGCUCUUGCUGGGAAUAAGGAAAUUCCUUUUCCUGCUUUCUUUCCAGAGAGCUUGAAGUAAGCAGAGGUGAUACUUAGAAAUGGCCUCGGAAUGUCGGCUGAAAGUAAAUUCCACACGCAGCAUGCCUCUCUUGACUGAGAUUAACAACUAUGUGCCAAGCUUCUUCCUGGAGUAAUCGAUGACAAAAAAUGCAUUUAAAAUCAGUGGGUUUGAAAGAUUAAGCUUUGGGUUAUCCAGAAAUGAAGAAAAGGCCCUUUAAACCAAAAAAGGAGAGAGUGUGACAAGAAGAUGGGAGGUCAGGUGGUUUGUUUGUUUGCUCCUGUUGUUUUCUAUAUUAUUUUUUAACUCAAACUUGAAUAAGGCACAGCCAAGAAAGAACAAUGCUCUGUCUGCCUUUCUGUGGCUUGAUAGUUUAAUCUUUAAUUGGUCCUAGGACAUUUGAGCUCCACGUAUUUCCCAAACACUAUGGCCCUUUGAGAUUGUUAGUAGAGCAGUGGGUGGCAGUGUAGUGAGAGCGUAUCUGGCCGGGCAGUUGUUGCCUUCUUGUUUGAGUGUUAUUCCCUGAGUGGGGAGAGAGACUGCUGAUAGGGUAGAGAACAAGGGAGAGGGGCCUCUGCAUCUUCUCAGUGCUAUUGGCUGGUUUUAUUUUCUGGCAUCUAUGAGAGUUGAGCUUUGGAGACUAGCCAUCAGACAUCCUGUUUUCACUGAAUUUGUCUCUGUUCUUCCCAGUCUCUUCUCCUUUCUUCUGGUUGAAGAGUUGCUGCAAUAGCACCAAGACUGAAGAUAAACAAGAGCCUAUGAGGACUUGCACCUCCCUCGCAGAUGGAAGGCUCCAAGGAAAAAAUCAUCUUGAAUAUUGGGGGAGUCAGAUAUGAGACAUACAGCAGCACCCUCCGGACCUUCCCAGGGACCAAGUUGUGCAGCCUAACAGAGCCCCAUGCCCCAAGCAUCUAUGACUAUGAUCCCACCACCAAACAGUUCUUUUUUGAUAGGAGUGCUGAGAUCUUCAGCUAUGUGUUGAACUAUUACAGGACCAAACAUUUCCACUGCCCCAUCAAUACCUGUAGGUCAGUCUUAGAAGAAGAGUUGACUUUUUGGGAAAUAAAUGAGACACAGCUAGCAUCCUGCUGCUGGCUGAAGCUGAAUAAUAAAGAGGUCCAUCCAGAGGAGUUUAACAUUUGGGAUGAAAAUGAACAGACUGAUGACCAAUGCCUCAUAGUCCAGACAGAAAGAAGGGAUUUCAUCUGGCGAACCAGGUGGCAGCCAAAGAUUUGGUCUAUAUUUGAGAAACCCUUUUCCUCUUUCAGUGCUAAGUGCUUGGCUUUUAUUUCUCUGCUGUUCAUCGUUGGAAUUGUCAUCAUAUUCUGUGAGGAGACCAAGGCACAAUUUGAGUUCUUUACUGCUAACUUCACCUCUGUUGGCUAUUCUGCUGUCUCCCACAACGACCGUGAACCCUAUUACCACCAGGCUGCCUACUUGCUUCAUCUGGAGCUUUUCUGCGUCCUCUGGUUUACUUUUGAGUUCUCCGUGCGAUUUUGUUUCUGCCCAGACAAGAAGUUGUUCUUCCAAAAUCCCCUGAACGUGGUUGACUUCCUCUCCCUCUUCCCAGUUUAUAUUGAGCUCUUUGUGGCUGGGCAGAUUCAGAGAAUGCCAAGCCUGGGGCUUUGGUUGGGCUUUGUUCGCAUUGUCUAUCUCCUCAAACUCCUGAAGAUAUCCAAGCUGAUAGAAACGCCACUGAUCCUGAGGGUUCUGUGCUACACUCUCAAGUCUAUCCUCAGAGAGAUUUGCAUCCUGCUGAUGAUUUUGGCCUUUGAGACCCUCUUCUUUGGCUCUCUCUUUUUCUAUGUGGAGUUGCUUGGUAGCCAUCCCUCCUACACAGGGGAGCUGCACUUCACUGACAUUCUUGUUUGCUUCUGGUGGGCUUUGAUCACACUCACUACAGUGGGCUAUGGAGAUAUUAUUCCUCUCACCACAGUUGGCCAAGUGACGGCAGCCUUAGCUGCGGUAUUCGGCAUGUUAACUAUUAUUAUCCCAAUACCUAUUUUCCUGGUGAAAUUUAAAAGCUAUUAUGACAUUGCUAACUUCAAACAGAAGCUGAAAAGGAGCAAGAAACAUUAACACUUCAGAACCUCUGUUCCCCCUUGCCUUUAGCAGUAAACCUUCAGCAUGGUUUAUUCCCUUGGUUGGAAGGGAGUGCAAAUAGUUCUUACUGCAUUUACUUGCUGCCUUAGCAUGUUUCAAAUGAUUGGUUAGGCCUCAGGUUGCAGUACUUGAUACACAACUGAUCAGACCUGUUGAAUCCCAUGGGUCUUUCCCAUAUUGUACUUCAUCCCAUGCUCUUUUACAUGCCUCUCUCUCAUCUAGCUGUUUGGAGGCAGGCUGUGAUGCUGCAUUAUAGCCUGAAUGUGCACCACAUAGCCCGGUUCCAUGACCUGGGGCCACAGCAUAUUCCCUCAGCUGGCAUACACCCCAUGACGCUAGCUAUGCCCUCCAUCACCUGACAGACCAUAAUCUCAUUUUGUAUGCUGGGAAAGAAGAUUUGUGCUCGGUCCUGCUCUGACAGCGAGGAGGAAGCCUGGGUAUUUUUUUUUUCAACAAUGUUCUGUUUCCUCGUUUUACCUAAACAAGCCAGUACAUCUGAUUUGCCUGCACUCACGCACAUGUAAAGAAGGCAGCAGUUUGAACUGAAUAUCUGUGGUCCUGAGAGCCAGCACUGUUUGAUAACCUGCUUUGCGGGCUCACAGGAAUUGCUGUGGCAUUCGGGUAGCAGCAAGGGAGCCCUCUGACAGCAAAUCCUUUUUGGCUCUGCUGAAUUCAAUGGCAACCUUUCCUUGACCUCAGUGAGAUCAAAAUUGCAUCGGAAACUUUCAGUGGAUGAACACAUUUCAACAGUUCUUGAUUUUUAUGUAACAAAGUCACUGAGCUAUUAGCCAAAAUAUCUAUAUGGGUUUUGCUGUUCAAAACAUAAUCUACAGUACUUAAUAUUAUUUUAAGGUAAUUUACUUUCUUAAGGCAUAGAUAUAAACUAUGAAUAUUUAUCUUUUAACUAACUGGAUAGUCUUAAUUGUUACCUAUGAUUAAUUUUGAAAUAACAAAUAUUGUUGAGCUAUGAAAAAAAGCCCACAUCCCAUUGUUUAUAUAGCAGGAUGAUGUGCUAAGAUUAUUUUGUUUAGUAAGUAAAAAUUUCUGUGUACAGUAACAUUUAUGUAUUUAAAUUUCAUUAAGGCUGUAUUUUUAUUGCAAUUUUGAUUAAGUUUUGUCUGUCACUAUGACUUUCCUGUUCAGGAUAGCAUUUUAAGGCUGCUUUAUUUUUAUUGAAACACCAGGUAACUUCCCUCUAUUCCAAUGCAAUUACAAUGAAUUAGUUUUCGUCUAAAGAGAAAGAAAAAACACUGCAAACAUUUCAGGCACAAAGCACAUGAAAAGUUGGAGACACCCUGGCAGUGGAAGGAAGGCCUAGGUGUUCUCCUGCACCCACCUUUGCUAUGCAUAGAGUGGAGGGUGUGACCAGGGUAAAGCUACGCGUGCUGGCGCAUAGGAAUUUUUCUUGAUUAGAUCAAAGUGGUGCUAUGUUUUCUG